AUGACUAUUGGUGUUUUGGAUGUCACAUCACCGGAUUUUGAUGUUGAUGCGUACUUGAGCUCUCAGCUUAAAGAAAAAAAUCUCGAUGAACUUGUGAAGGAAGAAGAGGAGAUGGUGUCCUCGGUUCGGCGCUUGGACUCCGAUGUUCAUCAGCUAGUUUACGAAAACUACAAUAAAUUUUUAACGGCGACCAGUACUGUAAGAAAGAUCCAGGACGAGUUCAAUCUCCUUGAUAGUGAAAUGGAGUCCCUAAGCAGAAACAUGAAGAACAUAUCUAGUUUGAUUGGCGAGUUGAGUGGUGUUCUCGGAGGAGGACGAGAAGGUGUAGCUCAAUUGGGAAGCUCAUACAAAGUCGUGAAAAGUUUGCAGUCGAUCUUUGAACUACCUAACAUUUUACAGGCAUCCUUCGAUGAAGGCAAGUAUAGCGAUGUCGUGCGAGUCUAUUUAUUAGCGCAAAAAGGUCUGAGCAAGUAUUCCGAUAUAAAGAAUAUAGCUGAAAUCCAAAGGAAAACGGACAAGAUAAUUUCAGAAACAGAAAAACAGGUGGCUUUAAGUAAUUUCUACUCAUUUUUCUCAAAAGAAUUUGUUAUUUUUGCAGCUAAUAAGGUUGAUAAGAUUGCUUCUGAAAUUGGGAAAGACUUCAGAAGAGAGUUGUUACUGAAAUCUUCUGAGGCCUCGCUUCGCAACGACUUGAAGCAGCUUCAAAGCAAUCCUGUGGAUGUCUUGGAUCUAGUUGACAAAGGAUGUGAGUCGUUCAUUCCGAAUCUCACAUUACUUGCUAAUCUCCACGAGCGUCUUUUCCCAAACAAUUCCGAUCUUCUGCUUGAAAUGUUGAAGCUUGCUGAUUUUCACGAGAUUGUAUCCACUUUGUUUCUUGCAACAUCUGAUCCUAAGGAUUGCUCCAUAGUGGUCCGUGCUCUUGAUAGAUAUUAUAGGAAAAUGUCCACGUGUAAACAAGUGGUUCAAGGUUUGGAUUGUUCUACUUGCACUAUAUCAUUGAUACGGGAUGUGUCCAAACAUGAAGUUGUUAUUUCUCGGAAGUACAUCUCCGAAGAAAUGAAAGUAGUUCUUCAAGAGAUCCGCCAAACUCUAAUGGCCAAAGAUAUUGAUCUUCCCGCAUUGGCAGCAAAACUUGAACAGGCAUUCGUUUUUCAAGUGAAGACAGCUCUAGCCAACUUGCUAUUAUUCAUCGCUAGCGAUGUUACGUUUUCCUCGUUACCGCCAUCCGAGUUUCAAGCUGAAUUUGCUCGAAGCGUGCACGAAGAGAUAGUUAUAGGAGCUUUCAAAGAUGUUACGGCUAUUGCUGAGACUUAUGGCUCUUCGGAAGGUGAAACUCGCUACGCAAAUCCGUUAAUGAUGUUAUUAAUAGCGUUUACACUGCAUCAUUUGGCGAAUAAGUCAUCGCAGUACCUCUUGAGUCUUUGUAGAGAACAAUUUUCCCUAACGACGUCGAAGACAAUGACCGAUGUGACGACGAUGCUGAAAACUUGCUCCCAAGCCCUUUUGCGGCGCUUUGCCAAACUUCGUGGACUUGAACUUGGAGAAGCACUCGUCAAAGGUUGUGAGGGACUUCGACAACCUGCUGCGUCUCCUGCAGGAGUUAGGUGGGCAUCUGCUGUCCGGCGUGCCGUUGAAGAAGUUCUAGAGUGUGACUCAAUGCUUUCUCGACUGCUUGGAGGUGAAACGGGUCGAAAGGAAAAUCGCCAUCGUCGGACGACGCCAGCACCAUCUGCUACUGAUUCCUCACGAGACUCGUUAUGGUGUGAACGCAUCGACUUUAAUCAACAAUUACAUGUAUGCAUAACGUUGUGUUUUUUUAAAGAGUUUUGCUUGAUGUAUUCAAAAUCUACUGAAGAAUUCCAUGUUCAGGUGGAUUGCUACUAUCUACAACGAGGAGUGUCGCCGUUGGUUGCUGAUGAAGUCACGGUCAAUUCAAUGGUCGAUCAAGCUCUUUCCUCUGCACUGAAAAGGUGUGUCGCUCCCGAGUUGGUUCAUCCAACUCGGCUCCGGCAAAUUUGUGAAGAAAAGACCGAAUAG